GUACUGAACGAAACUGUCAACUUCAAGUCGUGUUAUCAAAAUAUUUUCUAAUUCGUUUCAUUUUCGUGGUUUUCAUUGAAUUGAUUAGUGUUAAUAUAGUAAAAUUAGCUAAUGAAAAUGUCUGAUAACGAUGAUGAUUAUAUGUGCGAAGAGGAAGAGGAUUACGGCUUGGAAUACUCGGAGGACAGCAACUCAGAACCUGAUGUGGACUUAGAGAAUCAGUACUACAACAGCAAGGCUCUCAAGGAGGAUGAGCCGAAGGCUGCACUCCUUAGCUUCCAGAAAGUUCUGGAGCUCGAAGGGGGAGAGAAGGGAGAAUGGGGUUUUAAAGCUCUCAAGCAAAUGAUCAAAAUUAAUUUUAAGUUGGGUAAUUUUACAGAGAUGAUGGCACGAUACAAACAGCUACUGACAUAUAUUAAGAGUGCAGUCACCAGGAACCACUCGGAGAAGUCCAUCAAUUCCAUCCUAGACUACAUCUCCACUUCUAGAAAUAUGGAGCUGCUCCAAGACUUCUACGAGACCACGUUGGAGGCGCUCAAAGACGCCAAGAACGACCGGCUCUGGUUCAAGACGAACACCAAGCUCGGCAAGCUGUACUACGACCGCGGGGACUUCAACAAGCUCGCGAAGAUAUUGAAACAGCUGCACCAGAGUUGCCAGACGGACGAAGGCGAGGACGACCUCAAGAAAGGCACGCAGCUCCUCGAGAUAUACGCCCUGGAGAUCCAGAUGUACACGGCUCAGAAGAACAACAAGAAACUGAAGGCUUUAUACGAACAGUCGCUUCACAUCAAGUCUGCUAUACCGCAUCCUCUCAUCAUGGGCGUCAUUAGAGAGUGCGGCGGCAAGAUGCACUUGCGCGAGGGCGAGUUCGAGAAGGCUCACACGGACUUCUUCGAGGCGUUCAAGAACUAUGACGAGUCUGGCAGCCCGCGGCGCACCACCUGCCUCAAGUACCUCGUGCUCGCUAACAUGCUAAUGAAAUCCGGCAUCAACCCGUUCGACUCUCAAGAAGCGAAGCCGUACAAAAACGACCCAGAAAUCCUCGCGAUGACCAACCUAGUAUCCGCUUACCAGAACAACGAUAUUAACGACUUCGAAUCCAUACUCAAACACAAUAGGAACAACAUUAUGGACGAUCCGUUCAUCAGGGAACACAUUGAGGAUCUCCUCAGGAACAUAAGGACUCAGGUGCUGAUCAAGUUGAUCGGACCAUACACCAGGAUCCAUAUUCCGUUCAUAUCAAAAGAGCUCAACAUUGAUGAGAAGGAAGUGGAGAAUCUCUUGGUUACUUGUAUUUUGGAUAACACGAUCAGCGGGCGCAUCGACCAGGUGAACUCAGUGCUGGAGCUGCAGUCGGGCGCCCGCGGCGCGGCGCGCUACGCGGCGCUGGACAAGUGGACGGCGCAGCUGGCCGGCCUGCACCUCGCGCUCGCCAACAAGAUGGCCUAGACCGCGCCGUCUCUGCCGCCCGUGCCCGCCCACCACGUGGGGUAGCGGCCUAGGGGCUCACCUACACCACUGCUCAUUUAAUACUAGACGUAACGAAAGAUCUCACUUCACAGAAUGAGGGUAGUUCAAAUCGACAUUGAAAUAGUACCCUUUCCCUCGCUAGAUGGCGCUGAUAUUAAGUAUUAUGUAAAAAAUUGGGCAAUUUAUACUACAGAAGUCAUGAAAUAAUUAUAUUAAAUGGUUGCGUAACCAAGAGCUGUAAAACACAUAAAAAACAUGAAAAAUCUCACUCUGCAGGAUGAGGGUAGUUCAAACAUAUAUAAUUAAAAAAUAGUAUUAUUUGUACUACGUCUCUCGCUAGAUGGCGCGGAUGUGUCAAGUAGGCGUGUAAAAAUAUUGGCUUGACUGUUUGCCCAUACUUUUCAUACAUUAUUCCAUUAUCUGGCCAUGUUAAAAGACGAGAUAUUAUAAAGAUAGUUGAAAUGAACGUUGUCAUUUUUACAUAAUACCAUAUUACAUAACGCCAUCUUUUUACAUUAUAGUUUUAAAAUGUCUUUGAAAACUUCUUCAUUACUGAUUAUCGAAUACCUUUUCUCUAUCGGAAACAGUGAUGUGCUGUUCCCGGGAAUGUUCCCACAAAAAGUAAAAAGGCGCAGAAAGAGCUUUGUUACCUAACCUUUAGGCAAAUAAGACCGGAGUACAAGAAAGAACAAUUUGAAUAAGAAAAGCAGCCACUGUCUUUCAUAAGAGUUAUUAUAACGGGAACAUUCCUACUUUGGGAAAAUUCCCGGGAACGACACGUUACUAAUCGGGAAAAGGAUUUGGCGACUCUAGUCGUUUCCAGUGUUGCUAUUGCUACCAUCUUAAAAAGCGCCCUCUAACUUCUACCCUAUUUGGCGAUGUACAAAACUCGGUGGUAUAUACCUUGCGGUGUAGCUAUUACGUACCGUGGUGAUCCUGACCUUCCCAAAUAUGGCCAUGACUUGCUAUAAAAUCGUUACAUAAGUUAGACACCUACGCGUGAACGGAUUGGACAGAAAUUAUACUACAUUUAGGCGUAAACGCUCGCCUACGUUUUUGUAAAUUAGAAAGGUAUCAAGCCACGAACGGUCACGAGCAUUAAUAUGAUACACUUUGGUACCAUGUCACAUUAACUUUUUUGACAAAUUGAACUGUAAGUCUCACUAAAUGUCAAAUAUGUUAGUGCGACAGAGUCCUAAAAUGGUUACAAUAUAUUUCUUUGGCUGAACAAGUAACGAGUACGUACUUUAGAACUAUGUCACAUUCAUAAAUUUGGCGAAUUGAAUCAAUUCUUACUAAAUGUCAAAUUACGUCAAUGCGAUAGGGUUCUACGGUUGAUACUAGUGUUCAGGACCGUACGAAUAUGUUAUAAGAUUACUUUUUCAAUGAAGAAUCGCUGAUACUAGACUAGAAUAUAAUCUCUGCCUAACUAAGUCUUGGUCCAUAUUUUUCAAGGUUAAGAAGAAAUACACGUAUAUUUUAUAGACAGAACAUGAAUUGUGAAUAGACCUUUUUUAAUUCCUUUUUCCAGUGCAAUUUGUUACUGAAUACACACUUCAUGUAACAUA